AAAUGUUGCCUUUUUAUAAUUAUUUGGAAAAUUAAUAACAUUAGCUUUCUAUUUUACUUGGUAAAAAAUAAUUGAGAGAGAGAGAGAGAGGCUUGAUCCUAAAUUGGGUGGACCAGUAUGCUGUCCUUGUUCUGCCGCGAGUGUAAUUGUUUUUUUUUUGGUCUCAGUGCCACGUGUUUCCUUAUCUUCUACUUUGAAAAGGUUAUCUGAAAUCCAAUGGGGUAAUCCCCUCUGUAUGGCCUGGGCUGAAGCUCCAAAAUAUCAACACCCCAGUUCAUCAUCUCUUGUCAAGCUCCUUUAUUUUUUUGUCCCUUUCACUGUCAUGCACAUACACAUUUCUCUCUCUGUUUUCUUCAAGAUGAAGGAAAAGAAACUUUAAAAAAACAGCACAACACCAGCAGUCAAUGGCAAACUGUUCUGCAGAAUUCAUUCCUCAAUGUCGCCCGUUGUGUACUCCACUGAUGUCCGCCUCAAAUUCUCAUCAUACUUCUGUGGUCAGCUGCAGAAACCCCAACACAAACGACAGCACCUCAAGAAACCCGUCAAAGGUUAAGGUUUCUGCUGAGACAAGGCCAACCCAUUACAAAUCCUACGACUUCAAAGAAACCCAUAUGAUGAAACUCCUAAACAGGACCUGCAAAGCACGCAAGUAUGAUGAAUCACUCUACUUUCUCGAGCGCAUGGUGGACCAGGGCUACAAACCAGAUGUCAUUCUCUGCACAAAGCUCAUGCAUGGGUUCUUUAGUUUGAAAGAAGCCGAAAAGGCUAUUAGGAUCAUGGAGAUUUUGGAGUCAUAUGGAGAACCCGAUGUCUUUGCAUACAAUGCAUUGAUUAGCGGAUUUUGUAAGGCCAAUCAAAUCGAUUCAGCUGUUGAGACGCUGAACAAGAUGAGAGCUAAGGGCUUUUCACCCGAUACCGUUACUUAUAACAUAAUGAUAGGGAGUCUUUGUAGUAGGGGAAAGCUUGGUUCUGCCUUGAAGGUCUUAGAUCAGUUAAUGGAAGAUAACUGCAAGCCUAAUGUAAUCACCUACACCAUUUUGAUAGAGGCAACCAUUCUACAAGGGAGUUUCAAGGAGGCUAUGACCCUCCUAGAUGAGAUGCUGUCAAAGGGGCUUCAGCCCGAUAUCUACACUUACAAUGCAAUCAUUAGAGGGAUGUGCAGAGAAGGAAUGGUGGAUCGAGCAAGCGAAUACGUUAGAAGCUUAACCCUGAGGGGCUGUGAACCAGAUGUGAUCUCCUACAACAUAUUGUUGCGUGCGCUUUUGAACCAGCGCAAAUGGGAUGAUGGAGAGGCGCUUGUUGCAGAGAUGUUUUCGAGAGGAUGCGAGCCAAAUGUGAUUACUUACAGUAUAUUGAUUGGUUCGCUGUGUCGCGACGGCAAAGUGGAGGCAGCGAUGAACGUGUUGAAGGUUAUGAUGGACAAUGGAUUUACUCCCGAUUCAUAUAGUUAUGAUCCAUUCAUUUCUGCAUUCUGCAAAAAAGGGAGAAUAGACUUGGCAAUUGAGUUCUUGGACUAUAUGAUCUCCAGCGGCUGCUUGCCAGAUAUUGUAAAUUACAACACAAUCUUGGCUGCUUUGUGCAAAAAGGGAAAUGCCAAUCAGGCUUUGAAAAUCUUUGAUAAGCUCGGUGAGGCUGGCAUUGCUCCGGAUGCGAGUUCCUACAACACAAUGAUCAGUGCACUGUGGCACAGUGGGGAUAGACCUAAAGCUUUGGGAAUGGUUUCAGAGAUGGUGAACAGAGGGAUUGACCCUGAUGAGAUUACUUACAACUCCCUCAUAUCAUGUUUGUGCAGAGAUGGCAUGGUAGAUGAGGCCUUGGGGCUUUUACGGGACAUGGAGAGGAGUGCAAUACGUCCAAAUGUCAUUAGUUACAACAUUGUUCUUCUUGGUUUGUGCAAAGCACAUAGAAUGGAUGAUGCUAUUGAACUGCUGGAUGAAAUGGUCGGACAUGGAUACCGUCCAAAUAAAACCACUUACGUUCUGCUGGUUGAAGGGAUUGGUUUCGCUGGAUGGCGAGCUGAGGCCAUGCAGUUGGCGAAUUCCCUUCUUGCAUUGCGUGUCAUCUCAAAACAUACAUUCAAACGCUUGAGAAAGACAUUUCCAUUGGUUGAUGCAUACAAAGUACUCACUAAGAAAUAACUUGUUUGAUGAGUUUAGUAGUUCC